GGGUUCAUGAAGCAUGACUAUAACACGUAUGGCGGCGGUGCUAAUACCGUUGCAGUUGGCUACUCAACCGGCACAGCCUUGGGUGCUGAGAUCAUUGGCACUUUCGUCCUUGUCUAUACCGUCUUCUCCGCCACUGACGCCAAAAGCAAAGCGCGUGAUUCUCACGUCCCCGUACUAGCACCAUUGCCAAUUGGAUUCUCGGUGUUUAUGGUUCAUUUGGCCACUAUUCCCAUAACUGGCACUGGGAUCAACCCUGCUAGGAGUUUUGGAGCUGCUGUCAUUUACAACAAUAGCACAGCUUGGAAUGACCAUUGGAUCUUUUGGGUUGGACCCUUUGUCGGAGCGUUGGUUGCUUCUCUCUAUCACCAGCAAGUUCUGCGAGCUCAUGUUCUCGAUACUUGGAACUCCUAUUACAACAACCCCAGCACUUGAACUAGUCUCUCCUCAUUAAUAAUGCUGUAUCUACCCAGCAUUAUGGUAGCACUUAAGUAGUGAUUAUCAUUUGUUGGCCUUGAAUUUCUUUUGUAUUUUACGCACUUUUUGUGGCUUGUAAAAUGUCGACCACGGUUGUUUGGUUUUAUCAAUGCUAUUUUGAUUAUUCUUCAGUUUUAA